AUGAUUGCGUUGAGCCGCAGCAUCUUGCACCUGUGCCUUGUCCUCUUUGCGGUGGUCCAGUCGGAGAGUGAUCAGUGCGAGGGUGCCCAGACAGCAAGCGCAGUGCUACUUCAAGCUUCUACCGCUGCCAACCGCACUCUUCAAGCUUCUACUGCGGACCACACGGAGGCAGAGGUCGCGGAACGUAUCGAGCAGGACUUGGAGGACAUCGAGGACUCCCUGGUGGAGAGAGCCCGCGCCCGUGGGGACUCUGAACUGGAGCUGGAAGAUGCGGUCCAGGGCAAGAACUCAAGGCGCCGGCGCAGCCGACGGCGUACAACGACCACAACAACCACCGUGAACUGCGGGUCCAGCACAGACUCCUACUCCCUUGCCUUUACGAUUUAUGGGGGCAGCUGCCUCGAGGGUCCCAACACUGGAGGUGCGGCGAGCUUGGACACCGCCAGCUGCAGCACAAACUCCAACAACCGGGACCAGUUCCUGUUUGUGGAUCAGGGAGAUGGGUACUGCAAGCUCCAGUCAAAGUACGGCACCCGUCGCCGCAGUGCCUCGGGAAAGUCGGUGACCUGUGGAACGAGCUCAAUGUCUGUGGCUUACUGCAAGGCCCAAGGGAGCCAGAGCUAUACCAAAUUGAAGCUUGAAGAUCUCGGCAGCGACAAGUUCACCAUGUGGUGGUAUGACAGCUCAGGAAAUGUGAAACAGGCCAAGAGGGGUGCAGGCGGGAUCAAGCUGGCAGACUAUACCAACACUGAUGAGCCUGAUUUCAAGCUCUACAAGAACACGGUCUACAGCAACACCUGCCUUCUGAGCAAAAAUGAUCUUGGCCUCAGCUGCUGGAAGUGA